AUGGUCAGCCAGCAGCUCGAGCAAGCGUACGAGAAGUACCGUUACGAGGCUCUCUUCGGCGUCUGGCUCGUCGUGACUGGAGCAACCUUUAUGCGCAUCAAGCGUCAGCCUUAUUCCACUCGUCUCAAGGUGGAACAGUACGAGAGCAUAUUCAAAGGGACCUCGUUGGGUGCCAUCGUGCUCGGUGUUGUCAUGUCACCGAAACGAGGGAUGAAGCGUGUUCCUUAG